AUGGAGAUCACUCACUUAAUCGCGGUGGUGUUUUUCAACAGGGUUGCCUUGCAGUAUGCCCUGUGGGCGAGCCUCCUGCUCGCCCCGCUCUACGCAUUUGCAUUGAAACCGCUUGUCCGAAGGUGCCGACGGUGUGCAGCAAUGAAGGUUGCGACGGCUGCUGCGGAGGGAACUGCUUUGCCACCAGCAGCAGCUAGCACGCUGCACAACCCCCCCGUACGGCCCUCCGCCGCCAGCUCGAAAAGGCUCCUCUCGUCCGUGCUAGCUGGUGCCACACCAGCGCCCUUCAUGCCCAUCUUCGGCACCUCUGCAGCAGCGACGUCGUCUUUUCAGGCACGUAGUAGCAUCGGUGCGCCGUUCUCUCCUCUCGCACCACAAGACUCGACACCUAACAGGCACGGUUCAGCGUGCUCGCUAGAAGCCACUGGAACAGCAGUGACGCUAGAGGAAGCGGAAUGCCGCUCGCCGACACAGAGCUUUAUGUCGGCGCUGCGCUGGCACGUGCGGCAACGUGGCGCGGCUCUCUUCAGCGGUGGCGCCAGCGCCUUGGGCAAUGCCCUGGGGUCGGGCGAAGUGUACUGCCAGCGCCUGCAGAAGCAGUAUGAUAAGCUCAACAUCACAGACGCCUCCUUGGAGGCGCUCUACCUUCGGCCUACGUUCCAGGAGUGGUAUGCGGUGAAUCGGGAGGAGCUCCUGCGCGAGGUGCGACUUCGCGAGUCAUUCGCCAAAUGGCGCAGCGUCGCGACGGCCUUUGUGCUUGUUGUGGCCUUAUUGCUGCUGCCGGCGUACAGUUUCAGCACGCAGACCAACGCCAUGCAGUGGGCAUUGCCCUUGACAGAGGCUGGCAACGAGGCUACUGUCGCCACCGCUCCGCUGGCGCAGCUUUUGGCUACACGUCUGUACCACAUCCAGUCUCGGGAGUCGACGCCUCUGGUCGCUACCAGGGCGGCGCUGUCCUCCUCUCUCGCUGGUGCAGGCCCCUGUGCGAUGGCUACGGCCGCGGUAAAGGCUUUAGAGUACGUGAGCGUCGUUGCUGCCGCGUGCGCACUCGUGACGAGCUGCUUUAUGCCGCGCGAGAGCUGCGCCACCGCGUCUGUUGCGCUUGUGUCGUUUCUCCUUCUCGUGAUGGAAUCGGCGCUGGUACCGGGGGCAGUGGUGAGGGUUGGGCUGGGGUUUCUCGUCGUGUUUGCAAUCGUCAUGAUGAGUAUUUAUCGCGCUGCUGCGUAG